AUGGCUCAGGAAGAGAUGGAAGUUGAUCUCCAACCAGUGGCUGGUUACUCUGUAGAGAACAACACCGGGACGCUUCCCACAGAGCCCUCUGGUCAUGCAGCGCUGUUGUCCCGUGCUCCGGAGCUGGGUGAAGGAGGAGGCAGCGUUACAGUUCAUGCUGUUGUCAUACCAAACGCUGGUACAAGGGAGUCCGCGCCUGAACCUGACCUGCAGCUGAGUCCCGUCUCGGCUCUCAGCAGACUGCAGAGACUCCAAGGGGCGUUUGAUCCGUAUCGGCCGCUGCCUGCGCCACAGGUCCCACAGCGCCUGCGAGCGAGGAGGACUCGCAGGCAACAGAGAAUCGGUGGUUCGCAGAGGACAGUCAGUGCCAGGGCAGCAUUGGACAGUUACUUUCAACUCAGCAGGACCCAAGAGCCAGCUACAGUUCCACGUAUUGCGAGGGACAACCAGGACCACAGCUCAGAUGAAACAAUAGAAGUCAGCGACUCUGACAGCAGCACCUCUGAGGAGGAGGAAGUGGUGGAGGCUGCAGUACCGACAUCAGCCCAGGAGAUACCCUCAGCAGCUAGCUCAGUUUCCAGUCAGGUCCAAGCAGAGCCGCCUCAAGCUUUGUCUCAAGCUUCUGCAGAACAUGGAAGUCAUGAAGAUGAAGAGGCUGAAGUCCAGCAAAAGCAGAGAACCCCACAAAAGACACUGGAACCAUCAGUUCCUGUUGCACCGCUGGAUGAGGAGGAAGGGGAUACCUGUGCGAUCUGCUUUGAGCAGUGGACCAACGCUGGGGACCACCGUCUCUCAGCACUGCGGUGUGGGCACCUCUUUGGUUACACCUGCAUCGAUAGGUGGCUCAAGGGACAGGCAGCCAAGUGCCCCCAGUGCAAUAAGAAAGCGAAGCGUUCUGACAUUGUGAUCCUGUAUGCUCGUACUUUGAAAGCGCUGGAUACCAGUGAACAGGAGCGCAUGAAAAGCUCUUUAGAAAAGGAGCAGAUGUUGCGGAGACAGGCAGAGCUUGAAUCUGCACAGAGCCGCCUCCAGGUGCAGGUUUUGACAGACGAGUGCAGCAAACUCCGCAAGCAAGUUCAGGAGCUGAAGGCUCUGGUGGCCCAGCACAAUGCGAGUGCUUCUCAGCAACCUGGCAGCUCCCGCACCCACCUCCCAGGCGGCCUCCCCUCCAGCCAAAGCCAGCGCAAGUACCACUUGGAAAAGGUUUUUGUGGUGUCUCAGAGCGGGAACUGCAGAGUAAUGGCAUAUUGCGACUCACUGGGUUGUCUCGUGGUAUCACAGCCUUCUCCACAGUCUACUUUUAUUCCUGGCUGUGGCGUUAAGAUGAUGAGCGUGGCCAACCUGAAGAGCAGUCAGUACAUCCCCAUCCACAGUAAGCAGAUUCGGGGCCUGGCUUUUGGCAGUCGAGCAGAUGGCUUGCUGCUCUCUGCCGCUCUGGACAACACUCUCAAACUGACCAGCUUGGCAACAAAUACUGUGGUGCAGACAUACAAUGCUGGCCGUCCUGUCUGGAGCUGCUGCUGGUGUCUUGAUGAUACAAACUACGUCUACGCUGGACUGGUCAAUGGCUCUAUCAUGAUAUAUGAUUUGAGAGACACGAACUCUCAUGUCCAGGAACUAGUCCCGCAGAAGUCCAGGUGCCCCAUGGUAUCGCUGUCAUAUCUGCCCCGGAUGGCCUCAGCAUCGCUGCCUUACGGUGGAAUAUUAGCUGGGACCUUGGAAGGAGCCUGCUUUUGGGAACAGAAGGCUGGCAACUCCUACCGGCCUCAUCACCUGCCGCUGGAACCUGGAGGAUGCAUUGAUAUUCAAACAGAGAUCAGCACUCGGCACUGCCUCGCGACGUACAGGCCCAGUAAAAGUAACCCGUGUGUGCGUUGUGUGAUGAUGGAACUGACCUGCAGCCCGCUGACAGAGGCCUCUGAGGAUGUGGUGUGUUCUUCUCACCCGGUGCAGACUUUCAGCGCUGGGCCCACCUGCAAGUUGCUGACCAAGAAUGCCAUUUUUCAGAGCCCAGAGGAGGAUGGCAGCGUUUUUGUGUGUGCUGGUGACGAGGCAACUAAUUCUGCCCUGCUCUGGGACGCUGGAAGUGGCUCCUUGCUGCAGAAGCUGCAAGCUGACCUGCCGGUGCUGGAUAUCUGCCCUGUGGAAGUGAACCAAACCCACCUCCUGGCCACGCUGACUGAGAAGAUGGUGAAGAUCUACAAGUGGCAGUGA